GACCUUUUUGUCCUUCGCCAGAUGCCGUAGAACCGGGGUUGCCAGGAGACGACGGAAGCCUUGGAGAGCGGCGAUGGAGAAGUAUGAGAAAAUCAAAGUUGUUGGAAGAGGAGCCUUUGGGAUUGUUCAUCUGUGUCGCAGGCGCAGCGACGGGGCCUUUGUCAUCCUGAAAGAGAUCCCAGUGGAGCAGAUGUCACGAGACGAACGCCUUGCAGCUCAAAACGAGUGUCAGGUGCUGAAACUGCUCAACCACCCGAACAUCAUAGAAUACUAUGAGAAUUUCCUGGAGGACAAGGCCCUAAUGAUAGCUAUGGAGUAUGCACCAGGUGGGACUUUAGCCGAUUACAUACAGAAGCGCUGCAACUCUCUGCUGGAUGAGGACACCAUCCUUCACUUCUUUGUACAGAUUUUACUUGCUUUGUAUCAUGUCCACAACAAACUCAUUCUGCAUAGAGACCUCAAGACACAGAAUAUUCUACUUGACAAGCAUCAGAUGAUUGUCAAAAUCGGUGACUUCGGAAUCUCCAAAAUCCUUGUCAGCAAGAGCAAAGCAUACACGGUUGUUGGGACCCCAUGCUACAUUUCCCCAGAGCUAUGUGAAGGAAAGCCAUAUAAUCAGAAGAGUGACAUCUGGGCCCUGGGUUGUGUUCUCUAUGAGCUAGCCAGCCUAAAGAGAGCCUUCGAGGCUGCUAAUCUCCCCGCUUUGGUUUUGAAGAUCAUGAGUGGGACAUUUGCUCCAAUUUCAGACCGAUACAGCCCAGAACUCCGUCAGCUCAUUCUUAACAUGCUCAAUCUGGAUCCAUCUAAACGGCCUCAGCUCAAUGAAAUUAUGGCUCUCCCCAUUUGUAUUAAGCCACUGCUUAAUCUCUACACAGAUAUAGGCAGUGUCAAAAUGCGCAGAAUUGAGAAACCAUUGUCUGUGCAAAGUGGUCAAGGAAGUAGACCAGGAGGUAGAGUUCCUGGCACAAGGGCCAGAGAUGGUGGGUUGGGCUCAGGAAAGCUGCAUUCCCUUCCCCUGUCUUCGGUGUAUACGUGGGGUAGUGGCAUCUCAAUGCCUCUACGUCUGCCAAUGCUCAACACUGAAGUGCUUCAGGUAUCUCUGGGCCGUACUCAGAAGAUGGGAGUCACCAAGUCAGGGCGCCUGAUUACGUGGGAGGCUCCAUCAGUGGGAUCUGGUGAAGCGAGUUUGCUUGGUACAGCGGGGCAGAUGCAGCCUCAGUUCGUUUCUCGCUUUCUAGAGGGUCAGUCUGGAGUCACCAUAAAGUCCGUGUCCUGUGGCGAUCUCUUCACCACCUGCAUGACAGACAGGGGAAUUAUCAUGACGUUUGGCAGUGGAAGCAAUGGCUGUCUAGGACAUGGCAACUUCAAUGAUGUUACCCAGCCCAAGAUAGUGGAGGCCCUCCUUGGUUAUGAGCUGGUUCAAGUGUCUUGCGGCGCUUCCCACGUGCUCGCUGUCACUAAUGAACGAGAAGUAUUUGCUUGGGGAAGGGGAGACAAUGGUCGCCUUGGGUUAGCCACCCAAGACACCCUCAACUCUCCACAGCAAGUGUGUUUACCUGUGGAAUUUGAGGCACAGAGGGUAGUAUGUGGAGUUGACUGCUCCAUGAUUAUCAGCACCCAGCACAGCAUCGUGGCAUGUGGAAGCAACAGGUUCAAUAAACUUGGCUUAGAUAAGAUAUCAGCUGGGGAGGAACCCACUAGCUCCAGUCAGGUGGAGGAAGUCCAUUCAUUCACUGCUGUGCAGUCACUGCCACUCAGCAGUGAGAGCAUUUUGCACAUUGACAUUGGAACAGCCCAUUCAGUUGCUGUAACUGAAAAGGGGCAGUGCUACACCUUUGGCAGCAAUCAGCAUGGUCAGGUGGGUUGCAGCUCCCGUCGCAGCAGCCGUGUGCCCUACUUGGUGCCCGGCCUGCAUGGUAUCACCAUGGCUGCUUGUGGAGAUGCUUUCACCCUAGCUAUCGGGUCUGAAGGAGAGGUCUACACCUGGGGAAAGGGAGCCCGUGGUCGGCUUGGCAGAAAAGAAGAGGAUUCCGGGAUACCAAAGGCAGUGCAGCUUGAAGAGAGCCACCCAUUCACAGUGACAUCAGUGGCUUGUUGUCAUGGCAACACUCUGCUGGCAGUGAAACCUUUACUUGAGGAGCCUGUCCCAAGAUGAUCCUAUUCUCAGACCAAACUCACAUCCACUCUGUGGUCGUCGUCAUACACCCUGUGAAGCCUGGUCGUGGCAUCAUGCGACGGACACUUUCCUUAAAUACUCCCAUCUGUGUUGAAGUUUGUCUUUGAACCUGAAGCUGUGCCCUUGGGUUGUUUUUUUUUUGCUUUUCUCUUCUAUUUCUGGUGUUUUUGCCUUCAGGAAUCACUGUGUUUUUGUGUUGAUAUCACAGAGAAGGAACGCUUCAGACCUGACUGUUGCAUCAGGUGAUUGAAUGAAUGUUGCAACAAUGUUGCUGAAAUUGGAAGGACAAAAUGUUGGCUUUCAUGCUGUGUAAGCUAUUGUUCUCGUUCGCAUGCAGGGUUAGCACGAUAAACCACAAAAGGCCUCUAAAAGUCAGACUGCUCUGAGCUCUAAGCAGUCAGUGAAUGAGAUAAUAAAAUGCACAGAAACAAAACAGAAUGAAGCUACUUGAGGAUUCAAUGGUGAAAUGAACCAAACACAUUCAUCAUGAUCACAUUGUUGCCGGUCACAUUGUCCCUUAUUGGAUUAGUCCUCCAACACAUUUGGAACUACACAGCAUUACUCAGACCAGAUAACGAGCCAGUGUUUAGUGCUACACUGAGCUAAGACCAUAAGAAUCAUUGCUUUGUUCAUUUAGUCUCUACUCAGUAUAUGUCCAACACACAGUGGUCUAAUGAGGAGUAAAUUGGAGGUUUGGCCCAUAGACUGUGGUGGUGAUGCACAUUAACUAUUUACAUUUUUAUGCGACUAUUUUUACUAGUCCAUUGUAAGAAGCGAAUGCUAAGUAUGUACUUUUGAAAGUAAAAGUGGCAGUAGGUACCUACCCUGCAUCAUUAUCCAAAUAAUAACAGAAAGGAUUCAUUUUUUUCUUCUGUUUGUUGUUAUGGCUGCCAGAAUGUAUAUUGUAUUGUUAUGUAUUAGUUGACUGAACUUUUUCAUUGCUUGCAUUGAUGUUUUAUGACCAGUCACGCUGUAUCAGCCUUAUAAUUUGUGAAGCAACGUAUUUAACUGAUGCUUAUGGCUAAAAUCUUUUUUAUUUUAUUUUGGACCGUACUCCAGAGUAAAUAAUAGCGUGCCAUAGGAAAAUAAAGAAUUUACAAACGAUAUGUAGUAGACUAUAUAAACAGUUGCAGUAGAAAAGGCCUUAGUUACUUUGCACCACUGAUGCCAGAUAGUGAAAGCUUUGUUGUGCAUGUUGUUUAUUAUUUAACUUUUCAUUAUUCAUUACAUUUUAUGACUGUCAAGGAUGACCUUUAAAAUAAAUGAAACUUUAGGAUUAUGAGAUUAAAAUGAAACAGCAAAUCACA